AUGUUCCCCGUCUGUAGCCACUGUAGGGGCCACCACUCACGAGACUAAGCGCAGACCAGACCAUCACCGUUCACCUUCUCUCUCUCUCUCUCUCUCUGAUGAGGAGAAAGAGAGAGAGAGAGAAAGAAAAGAAGUCUUUUCUUUCCUUGUUUUUGUUUUGUUAUAAACAUUCUUUACGGUAAACAAAAAUCAGAACCCCAGAUAAAAAUAAAGGGCAGGAGGAAAAUAGAAAAAAGAAUGGAGCUUGUGUGGUCCUCGCUCAUUUUCAACUUUCCCUUCACUAGUAUAAUUCCCACCUUCUUUAUCUCUCCUUAUUCUCUUAUUUGCUUGUUUUUUCACUUCUUAAACACUCACUUUUCGCAGCCAAAGUUUUGCUUUCGUUUUUUCACUUUGUAACUUUUGCUCCCCCAAAGAGGUAAUGGAUGGAAAAGGGAAGCAGCCGAUGGUGGGGAAGGUUGUGAAGAAGGAAUUAGCUGAGCUUGGUUGGGAGUCAUCAGAUAAUGAAGGGUAUCUGAAGAUGGGGUAUGUGGAAAAUGGUGUUGAGAGUAACAAGAAAAAGAAAGUGGUGGCUGGUGACGAUGGUGGUGGUGGAGGAAAGAAAGAUGGUGGUAGUUUGAGUGCAGGGAUGAGGUGUUGUCAAGCUGAUAAUUGUACGGCUGAUCUGAGUGAAGCAAAGCCGUACCAUAAAAGGCAUAAGGUUUGUGAGAAUCAUGCCAAGGCUCAGAUUGUGCUUGUGGCUGGGAUUAGGCAACGGUUUUGUCAACAAUGCAGCAGAUUCCAUGAGCUAUCAGAAUUUGAUGAAACCAAAAGGAGUUGUCGCAGGCGUUUGGCCGGACACAAUGAGCGACGAAGGAAGAAUGCUGCUGAAUCUCAUACAAAAGGUUCAAGCCACAAAGGGACAGGCACUCAGUUGAAGGAUAUGGUCUGUGGGCAGGUUGAUGAUAGGGGACGAAUUAAGAUAACUAUCCGAGAAAAUGCCACUUACAAGCAUUUCCAGAUCAGAUAAACUGAUUGCUCUUUAGCUUGCUCCCUCUCUUCUGUCAUUCUAGGUGUAGUCUUGUUAUAUAUGUAGAAUAUCAUCAUUGAAGAUUCCUGUAUGUAGGUUAGCCAAAUGCUAACGCAUUGGGGAUUUCACUUCACAGUGGCAGGGUUGCUAGUUCUGGCGCUAGGUUUAUGGUAUUCAGUAUUCUGUGGUUAGUAUGCUUGUAGGUUAGGAUAUGUUGUUGGCAUUCACUUGGCCAUCAUUGAGUGCUUUGCUUCAUUGAAGUUCCAAUUUUUAAAGUAUAUGGUAUGCAGUAUUCUGUGCA